CUGGAGGUGCUAGAAGAAGAGGAAAAGAAAGAAUGCAUCCAAUUGGCUUUUGAAGAUCUUGAGCCCCUUUGGCGUGGGCAGCCUCUCUGUUUGUGGUUGCCCCUUUGUACAGUCACUCCCUGGCCGAAUCAAUAUUUUCAAUAUUCCAACCUGUUGCCAAAUUCCAAUGUGCUGCUUGUUCUCCAUUUACUGUAUUCUGUUUACCGAGCUCAUUCCUUGCAGGCUUCUUGUUGCAAGACAUGAGAUUGAGAUCUGAGGUAUGCUAUUUCUCAGGAUGAUGUGGAACAGGCCAACCUCGCCCUGGAAGAUGCUGCGGGCAUGGGUGCAUCGGAAGAGGAACUGAAAGAGGCCGAAGAGAAGAUUGCCGCCUUGCGCUUGAAGCUCGACCCAGAGGGUGAAGCACGUCGCCGGCGAGUAGAGGCGCGCAAGGCCAAGUCGGGUGAGAAGAAGUGGAACUUUUCCGGCAAGAGCAACAACCGCAUCAUCAAUGAUCGUUUCAGAGAACAUGAGGCCGAGCUUGAACGUCAACGUAUGCUCGCAUUCCGCGCUCGCGGCCGCUUCCGAGCCAAUGCGGAAGAUGAAGGUGAGGAGGGCGCAGAGAAAGGUGUCAAGAAGCUGCGGGCGGAGGUCAGUAAGGAGCUGGGCGCAGUCCCACUGCCAAAGCUCAACGAGGCAGCUUCGGGCUUCGCCUGGGGCCGUGUGCCCAAGGAGGAAACUGAAGCGCCUCGACGUAUUACACUGCGAGCACACCUGGAAGCUGGCGCUGGCAUCGAUUUGCAUGCCUCCUGGUGGGGCAUGGUGGUUGAUGGAAUCGACCCAGAACCAGGCCAACCAGGCCUACGCGUACGGGAUACCCUCGUAGAGGUCAAUGGCACUUCCCUCAUGGAGCUCACCGACGAGGAUUGUGAGCAAAGAUUCGCAGACCUUUUUUGGAGAUGGCUGUGUGGUGAAAGUCGAACCCUUUGUGCAGGCCGAAAGCAAAACCAUGUGAAUGGUGAAGCUAGAGACUCAAACAAUCACGAGACGUUGGGCUUUUGA